UGGACUAGAGCCACUCAGCCAUAUAUCGGCUCAACUUUCAAUGUAUUUACUGUAUUUAAAAAUAAACUCUCCUCACCAAGCGAAAGCACAACACAUAUUUUUUCACUCAUCUGUCUGUUGUGGCUUAGGAGCACCUCACACAUCUUUUAAAUUAUCUGAAUCGGCUUUACUGUUCAAUUUCAUCACUCAGUCACCAUGAAUGGAAACGAUUCUAAGAAAGCUCGUAAACAAGUUAGAGUUUGGUGUGAUGGGUGCUAUGAUAUGGUGCAUUAUGGACAUGCAAAUCAACUUAGACAAGCCAAAGAAAUGGGUGACUACUUAAUUGUUGGUAUUCAUAAUGACGAAGAGAUAGCAAAACACAAAGGACCACCAGUUUUUAAUGAAAAGGAAAGGUACAAAAUGGUUCGAGCCAACAAAUGGGUUGAUGAGGUUGUUGAAGGUGCUCCCUAUGUCACAACUCUUGAGACUCUAGAUAAAUAUAAUUGUGAUUUUUGUGUCCAUGGAAAUGAUAUAACACUUGAUGCUGAGGGUCUUGACACAUACCGCUUAGUUAAAACUGCUGGUCGUUAUAAGGAAUGUGAGCGAACUGCUGGAGUUUCAACUACCGAUUUGGUAGGCAGAAUGCUCCUUGUGACCAAAGAUCACCACCAUUCAUCGGAUAAAACACCUGAUAGGGAACAAGCAUCCUCAAUCAGCCGAGACUCUACUUCCCAUUCACCAUGGACUGGUAUAUCUCAAUUUUUACCCACCACCAGGAAGAUUAUUCAAUUCUCUGAGGGAAAAUCUCCUAAACCGGGCGAUCGAAUAAUUUAUGUCUCAGGAGCAUUUGAUUUGUUCCACAUUGGUCAUGUUGACUUUUUAGAAAAGGUUGCAGCCCUUGACGGUUUCGUAAUUGUUGGCCUCCAUUCAGACCAGGUUGUCAACAGUUAUCAUAAAAGCAAUUAUCCCAUAAUGAACCUUCAUGAAAGAGUACUCUCUGUCCUUGCUUGUAAGUACGUCAAUGAAGUAGUGAUGGGAGCCCCUUACACGGUUUCACAAGAUCUUAUGGAUCAUUUCAAAGUUGAUUUAGUCUGUCAUGGAGACACACCUUACAAACCUGACCUGAAUGGAAAAGAUCCUUAUGAAGUACCAAAAAAAUUAGGCAAAUUCAGAGUUAUUCCAAGUGGAAAUUCGCUACGAACUUUUGACAUAGUCAACAGAAUUGUUAAGAACCGUUAUGAUUAUUUAGCUCGUAAUAAUGAGAAAGAGAUGAAAGAAAUAGCAGCUUUUGAGGCGUUGAAAGCUUCUAAAGAAAAAACGAUGAAUAGUGAUUCAAAUAACAAUAGUAAUCAUAAUGAUGUUACAGCUCAGUAAUUUUUUGUUACUGUAACCUUUUCUCCUUUAUUAUCAUACCAACACAGCAGUUUUUCUUAUCUCUUUUACAAUUGAUUGUUUUCCUUUAUUGUGCUAGCUAAUUCAUUCACGAUUCUGUCAUUUCUUUUAUUAUCUUGAAUUGAGACUAAUCUAACAAAAAAACCAAAAAUGAGAGCUUGUAAUUAGCUAUCGCUUAUGGUUGUUUUAAUUCCCAAAUAAGUUAUGUAAAUUAAUUACAAUUUGUAAAGAAAUUACUGUUCAAUUUCUUUGCUUUUCUAUUAUUAUGACUGUUUUUAUAGUCAACUUUUAUUUUCUUUUAUGAAAAAAACUUGUAAAAUGAAGAGAUAAUAUAAUUAUUAUUUGCACGAAGUUCAUGAUUAACAAUAAAGCUACGAAUUUUUU